AUGGACAACCUUUGGUGGCGCGCAGCCUGGGGACUCUGCCUCUUGCAGCUGAGUUUGGCGCAGAUCGAUCUGAACAUAACCUGUCGAUAUGCUGGUGUAUUCCACGUGGAGAAAAAUGGCCGCUACAGCAUCUCACUGACAGAGGCUGCUGACCUCUGCACAGCUUUCAAUGCCACUCUGCCUACCAUGGAACAGAUGAAGAAAGCCCUGAGCAUCGGGUUUGAGACCUGCAGGUACGGGUUCAUAGAAGGGCAUGUGGUGAUCCCCCGGAUCAACCCUAACUCCAUCUGUGCAGCCAACAACACAGGGGUGUACAUCCUCACGUCUAACACCUCCCAGUACGACACAUAUUGCUUCAAUGCUUCAGCUCCAGAAGACAAAGAAGACUGUACAUCAGUCACAGACCUGCCCAAUGCCUUUGAUGGACCAAUUACUAUAACUAUUGUUAACCGUGAUGGCACCCGCUACACCAAGAAAGGAGAAUACAGAACCAACCCUGAAGACAUCAAUCCCAGCAACGUAACUGAGGAUGACAUGAGCGGUGGAUCGUCCACUGAGCGAAGCACAUCAAGAGGCUACAUCUUUCACACCCUCCUUCCAACCAUAGACCCGUCUCAAGGUCAAGACAGUACUUGGCCCUCAGACAACACAGAGGACACGCCAACUACCAGUACGGAUUCAAAUACCAUGUCAGCAGGCUGGGAGAUAAAUGAAGAAAAUGAAGAUGAAAGAGACAAACCUCCCAGUUAUUCUGGAUCAGGCAUUGAUGAUGAUGAAGAUUUUAUCUCCAGCACCAUUUCAACCACAUCACGGGGUUUUCACCACACAAGACGUGAGGAUUGGAAGGAAUGGAGUACAGGCCUUUCACAUCCAGAAAUACAACUCCAGACAACUACAGCGAUGACUGAUGUGGACAGAAAUGGCACCAGUGCCCCCGAAGAAAACUGGACCCAGGAACAACAGCCUCCACUCAUUUACCCUGAGCAUCAUGAUGAUGAGGAAAGCCAGCAUUCUACCAGCACAACCCAGGCAACCCCUAGUAGUAUAACUGAAGAAACAGCUACCAAGGAAGAGCAGUGGUUCUGGGAUGGAUGGACCGGGGAACAUACCCAAACACCAAAAGAAGACUCUCAUUCAACAACAGAAGCAGCUGCCUUAGCCCACAACAGCCAUACAAAUAAAAGGAUAACAACACAAAGUCAAGAGAACAGUAGGUUCUGGAUGGAUUUCUUUGACCCAAUCUCAUAUCCAAUGGGAUGAGGUCGUCGAACAGGAAGAAGAAUAGAUGUGGACUUCAGUCCUAGUACAACACUGCAGCCUACUGCAGAUCCAAACAGUGGUCUGGUGGAAGACUUGAACAGCACAGAACUUCUUUCAAUGACAACUCAGCAAAGUCAUUUUCAGAGCUUCUCUACAGAACAUGGAGGCUUAGAAGAAGAUAAAGACCAUCCAACAACUCCUGUGUCAACGUCUAGCAAUAGGAAUGAUGGCAGAGGUGGAAGAGAUGAAAAUCUUCCUGAAGACUCAACUACAUCAGUGGAAGGUUAUACCCCUCAUUUCCCAGACACAAAGGAAAACGCGACCCUCACCCCAGUCACCCCUGGUAACACGGGGUCCCCUGGAGUUACGGAAGUUACUGUUAUUGGCGAUUCCAACUCAGAUGUAGCGCAUUCACUGCCAGGUAAUUUGGAAAUUUGUUAUCUGACAGGUGGAAGGUCCCAUACCACUCUUGGAUCUGAAUCACUGGGAGAUUCAAGUGUCAGUCAAAGAGGUGGGGAGAACACAACACCCAAUACGAUGAGGAAAGCACAAAUUCCAGAAUGGCUGAUCAUCCUGGCAUCCCUCUUGGCCCUGGCUUUGAUUCUCGCAGUUUGCAUCGCUGUCAACAGCCGAAGAAGGUGUGGGCAGAAGAAAAAGCUGGUGAUCAAUGGCAAUGGAGCUGUGGAGGACCGGAAGCCAAGUGGACUAAAUGGAGAAGCCAGCAAGUCUCAGGAAAUGGUGCAUUUGGUGAACAAGGAGCCAUCAGAGACCCCAGACCAAUUCAUGACAGCCGAUGAGACACGGAACCUGCAGAACGUAGACAUGAAGAUUGGGGUGUAA